CGCACUGCACUUGCAUACAUUCUAGGCCACCCAAAUGAGUUCUUUUAAGCUCCCCUUCCUCAGCCGAACAAGAGCUUCCAUCGCGAUGGCAUCUAAAUGUUAGCCGCCGGCGACUGCACCGGCUUGGAACCCCGGCCCGAGCCAGGCCAAGUAGAGGCCACCCUUCCUCGGGUUCUUACCGUGCUGUCUUUCGUGCUGGAGAAAUUAGUGGCUCGGAAUGACCGGCUCCUGGAGAGCCUCAGCCGGCAGCUGAAUGGGAUCGGCAGCCACGGGUCAGCAAUGCUAGGGAAGAGCUUGAACGGAUUCCAAGGUGUGAGACCGCCGAACAUAAGCAUACCCAAGUACUUGGAGAGGAUAUACAAGUACACGGGUUGUAGCCCGUCCUGUUUUGUGGUGGGAUUUGUGUAUAUAGACAGAUUGGUGCAUAAGCACCCAGACUCGCUCGUGGUGUCGCUGAAUGUGCAUAGGUUGCUCGUCACAAGCGUCAUGGUCGCCUCCAAGAUGCUGGAUGAUGAACACUACAACAACGCGUUCUACGCGAGAGUAGGCGGGGUGAGCAACUCCGAGCUGAACAGGCUCGAGAUGGAGCUGCUUUUCCUCCUGGACUUUGGGGUGGUGGUGAGCUCGAGGGUGUUCGAGAGCUACUGCUUGCACCUGGAGAGAGAGGUGCUGCUGAACGGGCACGGAGGACACGGCAAGAUCGACAAGGCGCUCGUGUUGUCCAAUCCGGCACUCGAUGAUGUGACCGAACUACCGGCAGUCGAGGAUGCGGAAGCAACGACAGACCCACCAUCGCUUCCCCAAGUUGUGGACUGAGUGAAAGGAGUCCCUUUCUUCUUCCCCCGCUCUGCGUAACGUUGCCCAUGUCUUUCGUCUUUCGUCUUUGUCUGUCACUCGCUGUCACUGGCAUUCUUGUCUCGGUUGGGCCAUUUGAAUUCCAAGGGCUGUUUUGGCA